AUGGACUGUAUGCGCUCGCACUUCGAGCCGGGCAGGCCGCUCGUCGAUGGCCGCUUCGUCACCACCUCUCCUCUCAACCACGGCAGCUUCGGAAUGGUCUUCCUGGCGAAAGACACUCUGACUGGCGAUGACGUCGCAGUCAAAUGCAUCACCAAACCUCAAGCCAUCGGUGAUGCUGGAGCCUGCCCGGCUUCCCUUGCUGUGGACGACCGGUCUGAGGAGCUGGCCAUUCACUCUCGCCUCGCGAACCACCCCAACAUCGUCAACCUCAUCGCUGACAUGGACACGCCCAACCACCAAUACAUGGUUCUUGAACUGUGCACCAACGGAGAUCUAUACGAAGCCAUCCGCGCCGGCAAGGGUCCUCUCGAGACCGAAAACGUUCGGGACUUGAUGCUGCAGCUGGUGAGUGCCGUGGAGUACAUGCACAGCAAAGGUGUCUACCACCGUGACAUCAAGCCGGAGAACAUUUUCUUGACCUCCACCGGUUCGAUGAAGCUGGGGGACUUCGGCUUGGCUACCACGGAGACUUGGUCGACCGAGUUCGCUGUGGGUUCGGACCGCUAUAUGGCUCCGGAGCAGUUUGAUGCGUCUGUCUACGGCUAUGGAUACUCUCCCGCCGCUGCAGAUGUCUGGGCUAUCGGCAUCAUCCUCUUGAACGUCCUGUUCCAGCGCAACCCCUUUGCUACUCCCACGUCCAACGACCCCCUCUUUGCCGAUUUCUCGCGGGACCGCCAGAGCCUUUUUGACAUCUUCCCAAACAUGUCGUACGACACCUACAGUGUGCUUGUUCAUUCGUUGGCCUUGGAUCCUGCCAACCGAUCUCUUGCCGCUGUGCGGGAAGCCCUCAUGACUGCCGUCAGCUUCACCACCGAAGACGAGGCUCUUGACGAGUUCUGCACCGAUCAUCAUGACGCCGUGCCCUUGGCGACUGCUGCUCGUGAGCCUCUGCGCACGCCUUCCGUCACCUCUCCUGCCUUGCCUGGUUCUGACUCUUUCCCAUGGUCCUCGGCUCUGCUCAAGGUUUCACCAAUGGCCACUCGUCAAUUAUCAACCAUCCCUGACGAGGACAUUGACCUGUUUGACAGCGCAGCGACGUCGGACUGGCAGUAUGGCGAUGCCGAUCAAGCUUCUCUCUCCUCGGCCAUGGACUCUGGCCUGGGCAUGUCGUACAAGUCCGCAAAGUCCUUUGAAUUGAAGCCGCCGAUGGCGUCCCGUCUGAAGUCUUCUUUUGUUGGCUCCCUGCCCAUCAGCUUCAACCGUCCGUCCUUCAAGUCUCCCUACGGCACCACCGGCUUCUCCAAGAGCUGGUCGGACCUGUGGGAUGAGGAGAUGGAGCAGGAUGAGGAAUUUCAUGAUGAUCUCAACAUGGACCACGUCGAUACCAUCACGCCGAGCACACCUCAGCCGCAGUCGCUCCCUGAGGAUGGUCGUGGAAGCGCGACUCCGCGCCAAGCACUGGCCAACCUCUCCGUCAAUGCUGCACCGUCCUCGAAGAGCACCGAUGGCGUCAAGACCCCUGCCGAGCUUCCCAAGACCCUCUCGUCGUCCAUCCUUGACAAAUGGGCAGCUCUUGGUAACUUCCGUCGUGCCCGUCCGGAACCCGUCCUGACGGCGGCUGCGAUUCCUGCGCAAACUACUACCAGGAACACCUUUGGCAAUUUCACCCCCUUCAGCUCUUCUUCCUCGGCCAAGAAGAACAUCCCUAUCAAGAAGGACAACACUCCACCGUCCCGCGACCGUGCACCUUCUUGGCGGCAGGGCAGCCCACAACGUCUCCGCUCCAACAACCCCAGCCGGAUCUGGCAGGAGGACGACAACUGGCGUACCCCAAAGGCAGCCAAAUCUUUCACCUCUCCCUCGUCGCCGCCGUCCUCGACGGGCGUGCGCUAUUCGCCGCCACAUCGCAAGGCCGAUGUGAAUCUGCUUGAUGCGGAUUCUGAUGACGGCAACCAGUGGGAUGGAAAUUUCCGCAAUUUCCACUUGUAG